CUUCACAUUUAGCUUGCAUUUUUUUUCCUAUAUCAUCAGCUGAAAAUUCGUUUGAUUUUCUACUUUGUAAAUGAGACGUAAAAGUAUCACUUUUAAUAUGCCCUGAGUUGAACUUUAAAGCUCACAAAAUGAUAUGUGCUUUGGCUUAACAAUAAUUUGACCAUACAUAAAAUGACGGUAGGUGAGUGUUAUAUAGCAAUAUUGUUACUAACAGUGACCAUGUGCGUAUUUCUUGUAGGUAUUCCGUGGUAAUUUUGAUCGCCAUACAGUGGUAGCCUACAGAUUUGUCCCGCCUUUUAAAGCACAGUUUGUACGAAUCCAUCCCAAAUCUUGGCGCAGCCACAUCUCGAUGAGGGUUGAAUUCUAUGGCUGUCUGGCUGGUAUGUACAGUACCUCAAGCAAUAUGGUAGUUGUCACAUGUGUAUAAUAGCAAACUUGUGAUUAACAUUUUUUAAGCAGGUUUCGUUUUUAGUGGUAUGUCGAAAUGGAAGUGGGACAUGAGUAUAAAUUCUACAAGCAUUUGCUGUCUGGUGUUGUGUGCCAGAUUUGUUCACAACUAUUAUCAUCCUAAAAGUGCAAUUUGGUCUACACGUAUGCAUGUUCAGUAAUUAACUCCAAAAUCUCAAUUUCCAGUUCGACCGUGUGCCGCUCCAGUUGGCAUACAGAGCGGCCGAAUCAAGAACACUGCUAUGACUGCGUCCUCAUCCUAUAAUGUGUUCCACGGUCCAUACCUCGCUCGACUCCACCGCUCACGUACUGGCCGCUAUAUGGGAGCCUGGGUAGCACGUAUACGAAAUGCCAAUCAAUAUCUACAGAUCGCUCUGGGUCGACCAAUGAAAAUCACAGGAAUUGCGACACAGGGAAGGCAUGACGCUAAUCAGUGGGUAACGCGUUAUUUGGUGGCUUUCAGCCAGGAUAACAUGCACUUUGAGUACUACAUGGAGUACGGGAAUUUUAAGUAUUUCCCAGGCAACAAUGAUCGUCACUCUGUGAAGACCCAAGCGUUCUCUCCGCCAAUCAAAGCUGUGUAUUUCCGUGUCGUACCCAAGGGCUGGCACAGUUACAUAGCUAUGAGACUGGAACUUUAUGGGUGCCCAGAGCACAAGUGUAACAUGCCUCUAGGCAUGGCGGACCGGCGUAUUGCCAAUCCGUUAAUCACAGCUUCAUCGUACCACAGUUUCUAUUGUGGACCAUGGAAUGCUCGCCUGCAUCAGAGGAGAGUGGGAAGAUUGGGUGGAUCAUGGUGCGCGCGUAGAAAUGAUCUCAAACAGUAUUUGCAGAUUGAUUUUGAAGCACUGACUCGUGUAACAGGCAUCGCCACUCAGGGCCGACAUGACGCAGAACAGUGGGUCAAGACUUACAGAAUAACUUACAGCCGUGAUGGAUCUACUUAUAAAUAUUACGCCGAACGAAAAGUAAUCAAGGUAAAAUGUGUCCUCAGGCGAUACCCUAAGAAGCUUUUAACCAAAUAAUACUGUUACCAGUUUGGCCGCUAGCGUGAUCUGUUUCGGACCUUUGCUGUAAUUUCAUUGACUAGCAUGUAUUUCUAGUAACACCUGACACAUAUCUAUAUUUGGGAUCGUCCAAGACUGAAAUCUUGAUGAAACA